GCAAAGUUAUCUGCAACUCGACAAAGUAGGCUGCCCGCCGACGGAAUACGCCCAGCGUUAAGCGCAUUCGCCCUGAGACCAGCAGCAGCAGCCUUCGAGCGCCGCCUGCAAGAUGUCGCAUCCUGUCAUCUCAUCUUACAUGAACCAGGGCGGGCCCAAGGUCGUAUACCACGCAAGGGCCUCUGAGAAAUAUGGACUCUACGUCAAAUGCAUGGCGUGUUGGUCGUUCAACUGGCUGGUGCCCUGCGAUGAAAUGGUCAGCCGCACCUACCUGACGGUCUACGAGAACAAGAUUGAGUACAGCUGGCCCUUCCCCGCCUGCUGCUGCUGCACCUGCGACCAGACCACCACCAUCCACCUGGACCGGCCCGUCGCCUCCAAGGCAGCCAAGGCCGCGUGCUGCUCACCGUGCUGCACUCACUGCUCCUUCUUCCCCACCUGCUGCGACAUGUGCGGCGAGGGAGUUGUGAUCUACGGCGCGGGCAUGUGCACCACCCGCAAGGUGGCCGAGGCCGGCGUCACUAACUGCGGCCUGCCGCGCGGAUGGAUGUUCUUCUGCGGCUUUGACAACGCCGACGAGAUUGCGCGCCACAUCAAUGAGGCGCGCCAGGCCUGCCUCGCGCGCAUCAGUGGGGCGCAGCCCGGCAGCGGGGCCAACCAGGUGUACCCUGACAAGCAGAACAUGCAGCGUUAAGCGUGUCUGCAGCGCCAGCUGUGGGUGAAGCCGAGAGCUUUUGCUAAUGCCUUUAUUCAUUCACGUGAGCACGUAUUGGGGGAUCAUGUGGCGUGGCUAGGGUGGGCGCGCGGCGUGCCGGAAUCCCGAACAAGCAGCGCAGGAUUGUACACCACGUGUUCGUGCGCUGGGCCCAGGUGCAAACUUGGCUGCUAGGUUUGUGUGACACUUCGUCUUGUAUGCGGCAUUCUCCUUAGUCCUAACUGCCACCUUAUUGCUAUCACACUGGUAUCCCUUGACGUGACACCGCGGUCUGAGAAUGAGUCCUUGUGAUAUUGCCGAGAAGGCUUGACGAUGACUGUUCGGAGUCAACUUGGUUCCGUGGGUACAUUGCUGCUGUGGCUGCAUUGCUGAGAUAGUGGGAUACCUCCACAGGCCAUACCAAUAAGCAAUCUCAAACCAACAACAGUUGUUUGACGUUGCAGUGUUUGCAUUGUGGGUUGUCUGGGGGGCGGGCAUCACGCAGCGGUGUAGGGGAAGUGUGACUCCCUACCUAGCACAAGGCCGCACCUGCCUGGCAUACGACCGUGCGUUGGCAUUGCGUGUGUGUACGGCACCGCAUGCACAACUUGCAUGGAUUCAAGUCGAUGAGGACCCACGUCGAUCAACAGUGUACAUUAAAUCAUUGAUGCAUCUCGAAGGCGGCCCACUACCUGACAUGGCUGUGGAAAUGGUUUGGCGCCGCUCCGGAGCACGACGUCUCAACGCGUCAGGUGGCUGGCUGAGGUGGUGUCGCCGCUCACUAGCCCACUCAAGCUAGUAGGGAGUGGGCAGUGCCGGGGGCCUUGAGCCGCGCGUAGACAUCUCGCUGUAACCAGCUGUAACCGCAGCGUCUU